AGAGCAGUGAGGAGGCCGAGGAGCCAGGCCCUGCUGCCCUCCUGGAGGCUGGCAGCCUGCUGUGGCAGUGGAGGACCAGGCCGCCCAGAGAGGGACGGGGUCAGGAGGUCGGGCCCGGCCUUAGCAGGCUCAGACAAGGCCCAAGAAGGCAGCCCCAGGCCCUCUGAGUUCAGGGCCCAGGCCUGGUUCGCUUGUCCAAAGGGGGCCUAGGCCAGGCCUCUAGUGGAGACACUGAGUCAGGGCCAGAGCCAGGCCUCAGGCACGGCUUCGACGCCUGUGAGCCAAGUUAGGGGUAGGGAGCAAGGGCCCUUCGGGGUCUCAGAGACUAAGGCGGGUAGGGGGCUUCAGGGCCUCCCAGUCCAUAGCCGGAUUGGCGAGUUAGACGCUUGUAGAUCCAAGGUUGGAUUGGGGUGGGGUCUCUGGGUCGUUGGCUUGCAGUGCAAGGAUUGGGGGGAUUCAAGUGCUUAGAGAUCGAAGGCAGGCCUUGGGUAGGGGGAGUCAGACAAUUGGAAAGCCUAGGCAGUUAUUUGGGGAGGGGUCUUUGCGCUUGGGCGAAGCGCAAAGCUGCAUCUGCUUGGCUGGAGGCCUGCGGCCUCGUCCAGGGAGGCUUCUGUGCAGGGUGGGCCGACUAGGCCAGGCUAAGGGGAAGAAAGUGAAUCAAUCAGGAGCAUAAGUGGGCGGGGGGCCCCUGAGAGGGGGGUCACAAAAGGUGAGCCAUGGCCACCAGGCGUUUAACCGACGCUUUCUUGUUGUUGCGGAAUAAUUCCAUCCAAAACCGGCAGCUGUUAGCCGAGCAAGUGAGUAGUCACACCACCUCCAGCCCUCUGCAUUCACGUAGCAUUGCUGCGCUUGCUGACGACCGUAUGGCUCUGGUGUCAGGCAUUAGCUUAGAUCCAGAAGCAGCAAUUGGUGUGACAAAACGAUCACCUCCGAAAUGGGUGGAUGGAGUGGAUGAAAUACAAUACGAUGUUGGCCGGAUUAAACAGAAGAUGAAGGAAUUAGCCAGCCUUCAUGACCAGCAUUUGAACAGACCAACCCUGGAUGACAGCAGUGAGCAGGAGCACGCCAUUGAAAUAACUACCCAAGAGAUCACUCAGCUCUUCCACAGAUGCCAGCGUGCAGUGCAGGCUCUGCCCAGCCGGGCCCGCCGGGCCUGCUCCGAGCAGGAAGAGCGGCUCCUUCGCAACGUGGUGGCCUCCCUGGCGCAGGCUCUGCAGGAGCUGUCCACCAGCUUCCGGCACGCACAGUCAGGCUACCUUAAACGCGUGAAGAAUCGAGAGGAAAGAUCUCAGCAUUUUUUUGAUACAUCAGUACCACUAAUGGAUGAAGGAGACGAUAAUACUCUUUAUGAUCGGGGUUUUACAGGUGACCAGUUAGUGCUGGUGGAGCAGAAUACACUGAUGGUGGAAGAGAGGGAGCGGGAGAUCCGCCAGAUUGUACAGUCUAUUUCUGACCUAAAUGAAAUCUUUAGGGACUUAGGAGCAAUGAUUGUAGAACAGGGUACAGUCCUUGAUAGAAUUGACUAUAAUGUUGAACAGUCCUGUAUCAAAACUGAAGAUGGCUUGAAACAGCUUCACAAGGCAGAGCAGUAUCAAAAGAAGAAUCGGAAGAUGCUUGUGAUUUUAGUAUUAUUUGUCAUCAUCAUUGUCCUCACUGUUGUCCUCGUCAGCGUGAAGUCUCACUGAGCGGCGUUGGGUCUGUGUGUGUGGCAUGCGUGGAUUCCCGGUGUGAGGGGCGUGGCCGAGCUCCGUGGGCUGCCUGCAGAGGUGCAGCCCCAUGCAUCCACCUUGGGGCAGCGAGCGUUUCCAUGGACUCCUCGUCACACUCGUGCUCGAGCAAGGGAAUGGGCUUCUGUUGUUCCUUCACUGUCAAGAGUUUAAGGACCUUUGAUACUGCUGCAGAAUAGAGAUUGAGUUCUGUCAUUAGUUAUAUAUUUUUUUUAGAAAGAGAAAAUGAGUUGAACGUUUACAGGCACUCCACAAGCUGUUCAAUAUUAUAUGUGUAUAUGCUAUUUUUUUAGCAGUCAUGUCUGAGCAGCAUGUUAAAAAAAUUUUUGGAAAAAUUUUUUUUAAACCAUCUGGUUUUUAAGAAAUUUGGUACCAAAAAUUUAUGAGUAGAGGCAAAAAUGCCUCUUCAUCUUUCUUUAUAUAUUUUCCAGUUGAAAACAAACUAAGCAGUCCUUUAAGAAUUUAUAAUCCAUUCCCCAUUAACUUAAUUUAGCUUUUCCAUCACUGUUAAUGAUCAGAGUAACAAAGUGUGAAAAAUAAGAAACCAUCAUUGAUGUUAAUUAACACAUUUAGAUGGGCCAGUUAAAACAGCUUCAUAAGUUUAAAUUAAUGGUAAAUGGAGUAUUCCUCAUCUAAAAUGUGUGCACUGCAUUUUCUACUCUCAACCAAAAGGGUUAUAGAGCAAAGCCACCUAAAUUUAAAAGUUGGUGAUUUGAACUAACCUCACAUUAAAGGGAAACUUAGCAGUGUCAUAAGAGUCACCAGAAUCAGCCAGUGUGUCCCUGUGCGCGUCCCCAGCCAUCCUUGCUCAGUUCAUUCUUUAUGUACUAACUACAUAAUGACCUGUUCAAACCAGCACCAUUUAAUGAACUGUGAAUUUACACAGAGGCCAUUCUAAAUGGGUCACCCCAUUUAGAACUAGUGGAUCUCAAAUUAUUAACCAAACAUCACUCCAUUUCAAAGUAAAAUAUUCCACCAGUGGUUUGAUUUAUUGGCUCUUCCAUUGCCGCUUAACAUGCCCAGAAAGUUGGCAUAUUCCUGCAGAUUGUGAAAAUCUUGACUAGGAAAUCCCUCGUUUGUGUGAGUGUGAAUCAGAUCGCCAAAGUAGGACUUUGUUGUUUACUUACUAUUAUCAAUAUGGUGCUCGAAUAUAUUCCUGGAACUGUAGAAUAAUGUGGAAAGUGAUGAUAACUUUGAAAAUUGAAGUUGUUCAUGUUUUAAUUGGUCUUGAGACACGAGUAUAGUUUUAAUGAUCUUUGUAUAAUUUUCAAUGGCUUUUCCGUUGUUUUUACCUCUCUUAAAAAAUUUAAGAGCAUGACCUCAUUAAAUAUGCUACAUUUUAUUUGGACCAGUCACAUAAAAUGUCUCUGGAGAAUUGACUUUGAAGUUGUUUCCAGAAAUUUAAACUCAAGUCCAGAGAUUCACGUUAUCCAAACAGAUCAUGGGCUUAAUACCCAAACCCUUGCCCCAGCCUUCCCUUCCCGGGUUGUUUACGACAUCAGGCAGCCACUGGUAUUCUCAUCACUGAUGUGGCUAUCCAGUGAUCUCAAAGUGUCCCUGGCAUUUGAGGAAAUAGCAUGGUAUUCCCUAACAAACAAUUAUUUAUUAGGAAAAAAGGUCAGGGAGUAAGAAUCCAGCACCUUGAUCACCCCUGAAACGUGGAGCUCUUACAGGUCUCGAGAGUAGCUGUAGGCAUCCUUUAGUCCCAGCAGAUGUUAAGUCAGUGCUGGAGUAGAGAUGUUCUGUUAGACCAGCUGCUCCUAGGAGUGGGGCUGUUCAGAUCUGGGGGCUUCCCUCCUGGGCAGUCUACAAUGGUAAUGCUGGAUUAUUAUUAAAGCUUUUAGAUGCUGAAUCUUACCAACCCUUGAAGGAAAGCGACCUGUUAAGGAUCACCAUUUAUGUAUAUUUAUUUUCAGUGAAUAGGGUGAUUAGGGUUGGUUUUUGUUCCCUCAACCCAUUUGGGUAAAAUAAUGGAUCUGAUUAGAAAUGGUUUUAAUGAUCUCUUGUGGGGAGGGGGACCAUCCCAUUCUGACUGAAACCAGUGCAGUGCCAGACAAAGCCCCAGCUGUCCACUGUCAUAACUGUGUCCCGAGGUGGGUAGCAGCCCCAGAGCCUGUGUGCUCACUUCUGGGCUCCUCAAAACACUGUACUUUUCUGUUGAGCCUUUACUUGGGGAAAGAUCAGCAGCAUUGGGGGAAGUCAGAGAAAGUUUGUAAUCGUGUCCUGGUACCUCGGGGUAAUUCUUUCCCUCUGAAGGAGACGGACUCCUUUUCCUGCUGACAGCCGUUGUCUGUGGGAAGGCUGUGCCGUCUGUCUGUGUUGGACUCUGGCAGUAAGGAUCGCCCUGUCCAGCCUCUGCCCUCGCCUGGGAUGUGCCCUGAGAAGAAGGCCAGCAGGGAAUGCUCCUGCUGGGCACCCUGGUGCAGCCUCUGGGCACCUGCCCCCUUUAAUGUGUCCUGGGAUGGGUGGCUCCGUUGGCCGGGGCCAGAGAGAAGUGUAAAUGUUUACUGUCAGGUCUCCAAAGCUCCUGAUCUUUCCCGAGAUUGUAACUGAAAUCUACUGUCUCUUGUUUUAUUUUGGGGGUGUGGGGGUUCAGGCUUCGCCAUGGGCGUGAAGCAGUGUAUGUCUCUAAUUUAACAGAUUUACUGCUUUCUCUGCUAAUUGAGAGAGCAUUAUUUAUUUGUUUUGACACAAGUGCUUUCAGUGUUUUAUUCUAGCUAAUGGCUUCUUAAAGGUAAUAAAACCCUUCCAACCUAAUUGGUCAAAUAAGCCUUUUUUUCUUGUGUGCUUAAAUAAAGCAAUUAGUGAAGCACUUCUA